CUUAAACAGUCGAUGCGAAAUUUUUAAUUCGAUAGAAAACUUGGUCAUGUGACCUAAUCAAACGUCACCAAGCAAAAUGGCUGACGGCCCAAGCAAGUCAGAUAUUCAGGCUGUUUUCAAAAGACUACGUUCCAUUCCUACCAACAAGCAAUGCUUUGAUUGUGGUAGCAACAAUCCCACAUGGGCCAGUGUGACUUACGGUGUGUUCUUGUGUAUAGACUGCUCAGCUGUACACCGCUCACUCGGUGUGCAUGUAACAUUCAUACGCUCUACACAGCUGGACACAAACUGGACAUGGUUUCAACUCAGGGCAAUGCAAGUGGGAGGAAAUUCUAAUGCUGUUGGUUUUUUUCGUCAACAUGGUUGUACCAGCAAAGAUGCACAGCAGAAAUACCACAGUCGUGCAGCCAACAUGUAUAAAGACAAGCUGCAUCAUUCAGCCACACAGGCUAUGCGUUUACACGGCACCAAGCUGCACAUUGACUCCUAUACUGACCCGUCUUCUCCGGAGGCCAAAGAGGUGGACUUCUUUGCAGAGCAUGUUGACACUGUGGCCCCUGAACCUGAAGUGAUCAGUGAACCAAUGACAGCAGGGCAGAGACUGACCCAGCCAAUCAGCAUUCAGAAUGGGAAUGGAAUCGCCAAGAAGGAGGUACCCACACUAGCGGAGGGGGAAGGCCCCAGCGUGGAGCAUGCGCUCAGCAUGUCACCCACAGAGGCUCUGGCUAAGGCAGAACCCCGCAAGUCUCUCAUUGGGGCCAAGAAAGCUCCUGCUAAGAAGGGGAAAGGAGGGUUUGGAGCCCAGAAGGUGAAGGCCAACUUUGAGGAGCUGGAGAGCCAGGCGACGCUUCGAGACAAGGAGAAGGAGCAGCAUGCUGCUAACAUGGCUGUACAGGAGUCGCGCACGCAGGCUGAGCAGGAGAAACAGAUGGCAAGCAUGCGUCUGGCCUACCAGGACAUGAGCAUAGAGAGGAAGAAGCAGGAAGAGAAGAUGAAGACUUCAGACCCAAAGAAGGCCGCCCAGAUGGAGCGACUGGGAAUGGGAUGGGCGGGAAAUAGAGGUGUGAGUCACUCCGCUAUGACGGACAUGCAGACGAUAGAGCAGGAGGGGGCUGGGCAGGGCAAGUUCUCCAUGGACCAAUUGGAACGCAAGAACAACAACAAGAGCUCGUUCUUCGAGGAGGAACUCGACUCCUACUCCUCAGGCUUCUCAUCUGGACCUCCAAAGUAUGACAGUCCCUUUGGCUCCACGGAGAGGAACCGUAAGAAUGAGGACACUGGUACUGGGUCGGGCUGGGGGUCCAGUUCAGCAGACAGUGGGUGGGGCAUGGACAGGUUUGAGAGCAAACAGGAGUCCUUCUCUGAGUCCAUAACCAGCAAAUCAGAGGACAGAUCCACACGCACACGGAAGGCAUACGACAAUUCUUCAUCCACUUCAGCCACUGACGAUGCUCAGAAGAAAUUUGGAAAUGCCAAAGCCAUCUCAUCGGACCAAUACUUUGGCAAAAAUGAAAUGGAUAUGGAAACUCGACAAAAUCUUUCCAAGUUCCAAGGCUCAUCAGGCAUUUCGAGUGCAGAUCUGUUUGGCGGUGAUGACAAGUCUAAGUCCAAAUCCUCAAGCAGCUUUGGUAGCGGCCCAGACUUCCAAGACUUCAAGGACGGUGUGAAACAAGGCGUCACCAAAGUUGCGGGUCGACUCUCAAAUAUAGCAAGCGGAGUUAUGAGCUCUUUACAGAGACACAAAUAGCAUGUUUAGAGUGUGUAAUAAGGACUGAUCAUCCUCCUGCAGUUAAUGGACAAGUAUGGCUCCUAGGGCCUGGCUGCUCUGAUGUCAUUGGCUAUGCCCCCAUAACCUCCAGUACAGUGCGCUUCUCAAGUUCUAACUGCGCCAUCAAGAACUCUUUGGAUUCAAUGUCUACUCUUAAACCGUUUGUUAUCUUUUGGAAGGAUACAGCAAUAUUAGAAAACUUGAUCUUUAUAAUUCCAUUUAUCUUACAUUGAUUUCAGCAUGGUGUCAUAGUUUUAAAUAUAAAACCUUAAUGCUAUUGUAUUUAUUCAUGGCAUCAAAAAAAAAUGUUUAAAAUCAUGAUGUGCAAUUAAUGUGCUUUUAUUGCAAAAAGGUAAUAUUUGAAUUUAGUUUUAAAUUUGCAUAAAACCUGACUCCACAAUUUAUCAGCAUAAUGUUUGUACAUUUUCCACUUACUGUACAUUACAAAGUUUUAUGUUUGUGUUCACAUUAAAUUUUUUUUUUUCAAACUUUGAUUCAUACUUUUCGAACGGUUGUUUGUCUUUGGGAAUGGUGUGUAUCAUCAAUUAGAGUAUGAAUCCAAAUAUAUUUUUUCAUUAAUGUUAUAUCGGUAUUUGUUUUAAUUAAUGAAUUAAAGUAACCACCAUUUUGUUAAUACUAGUGUCUCCUACAAAUUGUAUCAUGUAUUAACCUAUAAUUGUUUCAAAAAGACUAAAUUUCUACGUUUUAAAAAGUGCAGAAAAAUGCAUUACUUAUAUAAUUUAAGGUGCCUUCACCAAAGCUAGCUUAUCACAUGUCUAGUAUUUUUUAAUGCAUUUGUAUGUUAGGAAAAAAUGCAUAUUAUGUUUGAUCACAUAUUCAUGUCAUUAUAUUGAUAACAUAAUGAAGAUUUUCAGUCACAGUAAAGCAUUUAUACCUGUAUGUGCCUGCCCAUUUAUGAAUAGGUCCUAUGAGGCUGUGUAUUGGGCAGGUAGUUCCAUUUGCUACAAAGCGGCUAGGCUGAGAAAUAUUGAAGCAUGUUGCUAACAUUGAAAGCCAGGGAUCAUUAUACCCCCACAAAAGAAGUUUUGGGGGGUAUAUAGGAGUGAGCUUGUCUGUCGGUCGGUCGGUUAGUCCGUAUUAAGUGUCCGCUCUCUAAUUCAAGUUGUUGUCAUCCGAUCUUCACCAAACUUGGUCAGAUGUUGUAUUUAGAUGAUGUCUAGGUCAAGUUCUAAUAUGGGUCAUGCCGGGUCAAAAACUAGGUCACGGGGUCACUUAGUGCGUUUAAAACAUUGAGUAUGGUGUCCACUCUCUAAUUCAAGUAGUUUUUAUCAGAGCUUCACCAAACUUGGUCAGAAGUUGUAUCUAGAUGAUGUUUAGGUCAAGUUCGAAUAUUGGUCAUGCCGGGUCAAAAACUAGGUCACGGGGUCACUUUGUGCGUUUAAAAAAUUUAUUAUGGUGUCCGCUCUCUAAUUCAAGUAGUUUUCAUUAGAGCUUCACCAAACUUGGUUAGAAGUUGUAUCUAGAUGAUGUGUAGGUCAAGUUCGAACAUGAGCCAUGCCGGGUCAAAAACUAGGUAACGGGGUCACUUAGGGCGUUUUAAACAUUGAGCAUGGUGUCAGCUGUUUUUUGUGAAGACAACAUGCAAAAUAUUCUGUGUCAAUGCGGCAUGUGGGUUUUUUGUCAUGUCUGUGACAAAGCUCGAGUUUUCAUUAAAAUUAGAAUAUUUUUUUUUAAUUUAAGUUUUUUUUGUACUGUACAAAACAUAUGCAAUAGCAUGUAUCCUAAACAAUAUUGUUAUUGUGAUGAAAUUGUAAAGGGAGUUCAUACGAUCUAGCUAUUAUAUAUUCUUCAAAUAUAUAAAAUGUAGAUGGAUCAAACUAGAAAACAAAUUAAAGUAACGGUUUAUUUAUUUUCAAAUAACUAUCUUCUGUUUAGCAGAAAACGUAUUCAUGUACACAAGUCAUUUACUCUGUUUGAAAAUCUCCAUUAGUCAAAUACCAGCUAACUUGAAUUUAUAGCCUUCAACUUGUUUGUAAGACAUGUCACUGAAGUAAACAAUAUUUGAUGGUAUCCUAUAAAGAUUGUAAAUUAAUUUAGUUCACAUUCCUUGGUAAUAUAAAAUCUUGUUUUAAGAUUGCAGGAAUAACAGAUUGAAAUCAUAUAUGUUUGCUUUAAAUGUUACAGUGUUGCCUACCUGUUGGUGUAUGGAUUGAUUCCUAUAAGGACUGUCCAGAUUUAAGUAUUAGGACAAAAUUAAGAUUCUUUGGUAAAAGUAGUCCAAAAGUGGUCAUUAGAAACUUGGCAACAAGUGUUGUUAGACAUUCUGGCUUUCAAUGGAGGACACAUGUGUAUUGGAAUUGAAUUUAAUUAUAUAAAAUUAUAUUUAUGAAUUAAUGAUAUUGCAUGGAUUCUAUUGUUACAUGCAAAUAUUGUCCAUGGUUAUGUUGCAUGCUUUGCUCAUUGUAAAUAGUAAUGGUGUUCAAGUUCUUUCUUUGUAGAAAUUGUGAACUGAAGAUAAGUGACUAUUACGGGAAUAAAUUUUGAACUGAAUAA